AUGUCACUUCACUGCGCGAUACGCGCAGCUAAUCUUAAUCGUUGUCGCGUCGAGUCGGGCGGGCGGUUCCUUUGGGGCCACGAACUCGACAUAUGGAAGGCUGCGGUAGGGUCCAAGUAUACAGAAUGGUUCAACAAAUUUGGGCCUGUAUACCGCGUCAAGGGCGCUUUAUUCCAUCCCGACAUCGUGAGUGCAUCUUUUCAAUUCAAAGCCCCUCCAGCCCGCCCCAUCAUUGGCCGACUUGUCGGAGAGGGCAUCAUCUGGGCCGAAGGCGAACAGCACAAACGCUUUCGCCGGCUCAUGGACAGCAUCUUCAGCGCUGCGAGUACGAAGAGGAUGACGCCUGACGUAUUGAAUGUAUGCUCCCGACUGCAAACUAGGCUCUCUCAAUAUCUCCAGGAUAAUGGCGGCGACGCGGUCAUCAAUAUGAAACCAUGGACAUCUGCCGCUACCCUAGAUAUAAUCGGCUUUGUCGGCUUCGGGUACGACUUCCGCCUUGGCGAGAGCCCCGAGGCGAAAGCUAUAAUCAGCGCAUGGGCCGAGCAAGUCAAACUCGGGCUCGGAGAGUCCGCUUUCUUCGCGGAGAUGGUAUUGCGAGCAUUCCCGCGGCUUCUCUCUAUACCCCUCCCGGCGCUCGAAGCCCAGGGCAAGAUACGCAGGAUCAUCGCCGAGCUCGCAAGCAGGAUUAUGGAGGACGCGAGGGCUGGAGGGGAUGUGAGUCAGGGGUAUAACUUCCUUGACGCCAUGAUGAAAGCCACCGGUGAAGGCAGGAUGACCACCCAGGAGACGAUUGACAACAACCGUAGUUUGGCCGCAUACGAAACCACCGCGGGCACGCUCGACUUCAUGCUCUACGAGCUCGCCAAGAAUCCCGCCUGCCAGCAGAAGCUCCGCGACGAGCUGCACGCCUUCGGCGGCGAGCCGACGUACGACGACUUCGAGAGGCCAGAUCGUCUCUGCUACCUCGAUGCCGUUGUCAAAGAGGGACUCAGGAUGUACCCGGCAGCGGUGCACAACGCGCGCGUCACGAAUGAGGAGGAUGUGAUGCCCCUCGAGAAACCCGUUCGUCUGCCUUCGGGGGAAGUGAUAAGUGAGAUUCAUGUUCCCGCUGGCCAAAUCGUUUACACCCCGCACCUUUCCAUCCAGCGGAUGGAAGGAAUCUGGAAGGAUGGCGACUCUUUCAAACCCGAGCGGUGGGUCGAACCUGGCGGUUUACCGCCCCGAGAGCAGCUGCCGACCGGCUGGAGUAAUCUCCUGACCUUCAACGCGGGACCAAGGUUAUGUCUUGGGUAUAGGCUCGGUAAGUGUUUUAUCCUGUUCAGCUUGAUCAGCAACUUUGUCUUUCACGAUACCGCGGCGAAGAUUGAUCUGCGCGUAGUGACGGUGCUGCAGCCCAUUGUGGCGGGAGAGGAUGAGAAGGGCGCGCAGAUGCCACUGAGGGUGACGUAUGCCCGGUAG